AUGAAAAUCUUGAUGAUCCACGGAUCCCGCCAAUCCGGCGAACUAUUCCGAGCAAAACUCCAAGCCCUAGAAAAACUACUCCACCAGACCCUCGACCCUCCCCACCCCAACCUUGAACUCAUAUACCCGACAGCUCCAUUCGCAUUAGAGCCCUCUGCAGGCUCCACAACCACAACCGACCUACGCACUCGACACGGCGCAUGGAGCUGGUUCGGAUCCGAAACCAUCGAUGGACUCUACCCAGGACUAGAAGGGGGCCUGGAAUCCAUUGCAUCUCUUCUCAAGAAUUCCGGGCCGUUCGAUGGGAUCGUUGGGUUUAGUCAGGGGGCCGCGGCGGCGGCUAUAGUCGCGUCGCUGUUAGAAGGAAAUCGAAAAGACGCAUUCGCUACAUUGGAGGCGGAGACUGGGAUUCCUUAUCCUGCUUGCUUUAAGGAACUCGAGCACCCGCCGCUCAGGUUCGUGGUUAGUAUUUCCGGGUACGUCGCUUCUCAUUUGGAUUAUCGUGCUUUCUAUGAGCCUGGUAUUCGGACGCCUGUGAUGCAUUUUUUGGGGAGUAUGGAUACCGUUGUGGAGGAGGGUGCGUCGAUGAGGUUGGUGGAGAGUUGUCGGGUGUUGGGGGAUGAAAAGAAACAGAUUGUUAUUUGGCAUUCUGGUGGACAUGUUGUUCCAAGUGGGAAGCGAGAACUCGCUGCCGUUGCGCAUUUUAUUAAAUCUAACGUGAGUUGA